AUGUCGACGACUGUGGAAAAGAUCAAAGAGAUCGAGGCCGAGAUGGCCAAGACUCAAAAGAACAAAGCGACGUCGUAUCACUUGGGCCAGCUCAAGGCCAAACUAGCCAAGCUGAAACGCGAGCUGCUCACCCCCAGCAGCAGCGGCGGUGGUGGCGGCGCAGGAUUCGACGUGGCCAGGACGGGCGUGGCCAGUGUUGGCUUCAUCGGCUUCCCAUCGGUGGGCAAGAGUACGCUGAUGAGUAGGCUGACCGGCCAGCACUCCGAGGCCGCAGCAUACGAGUUCACAACCCUGACGUCCGUGCCGGGCCAGGUCAUGUAUAAUGGUGCCCCCUUGCAAAUGAUUGAUUUGCCUGGAAUUAUCGAGGGAGCCAAGGAUGGUCGAGGACGAGGUCGCCAGGUCAUUGCCGUUGCCAAGACGUGCCAUUUGAUAUUCAUUGUGCUGGACGUCAACAAGCCCCUGACGGACAAACGAGUCAUAGAAGCUGAAUUGGAGGGCUUCGGUAUCCGUAUCAACAAGUCGCCUCCGAACAUCACCUUCAGGAAGAAGGACAAGGGUGGCCUGAACAUCACGAGCACUCAGCCCCUUACACACAUCGACCACGACGAGAUCAAGGCCGUCAUGAGCGAGUACCGUAUCAACUCGGCCGACAUUACUAUUCGAUGUGAUGCCACCAUUGAUGAUCUCAUUGAUAUCAUCGAGGCAAAGAGCCGAAGUUAUAUCCCGGUAGUCUACUGCCUCAACAAGAUUGACUCGAUUAGUAUCGAAGAGCUGGAUCUGUUGUACCGAAUCCCCAACGCCGUUCCCAUCAGCUCAGAGCAUGGAUGGAACAUUGACGAGCUCAUGGAAUCCAUGUGGGAGAAGCUGAGCCUGAAACGAGUGUAUACAAAGCCCAAGGGUAGAGCGCCCGACUACUCAGCCCCGGUUGUACUCAGAGCAUCGAGAUGCACGGUGGAAGAUUUUUGCAACGCCAUUCACCGAAGCAUCGUGGAGCAAUUCAAGUCGGCUGUUGUUUAUGGCAAGUCGGUAAAGCAUCAGCCACAGAGAGUUGGUUUGGCGCAUGAGCUGGAAGAUGAAGACGUUGUGACCAUUAUCAAGCGAUGA